CGUUUAACAUAUUCUUCACUCUUCGCUCAUCUUUUGCACGCACAAGACGCUUAAAAUCAAUCCAUUCUCAAAUAUAUUUUUACUGUGAGCGAGUGCUUUUGAAUUUAUUAAUAUUAUUACAAAUUAUUGGUUUAGUUAUACGCAAUGAAGAGUUUAACUAUUUUUUGUUUCUUGUCCGUCUUGGUAAGUUUGGUUACUGGAGAAGAACUGCAGGAUGACUAUAAAGUUACAAUUUUUGGGCCAAGUCUGCAGAAUUUAACUAUGGUAUGUACCAAUAAUGAGCAGUGCAAUGCACAAUUUAAGGAUUCUCAAUGUUCGAAUGGAAAGUGUUAUUGCCGUAAUUCUGAAAAGUCGGAUACAGUUCCAUUUCUUUGUACAUUGGAUAAUGCUAUUAAUAUAACUACUAAGAACUUUGGCGUUAUUGGGCGUAAAUGCGAAGACGAUGCCGAUUGUGGUUUUGAAAAAAGUCAUUGCAACAAGACACAUCAAUGUUGCUGCACUCCGGGAUUUACCGAGGACACUAGAAAGCAUAAAUGUUUAAUAGUUGUUAAGAACAUAAAUGGAUCGUGCAAGGAUAACAUGCAGUGUCUCGCAUCAUUCCUUCAUUCAACCUGCAAAGAUAAUCAAUGUACUUGUGAAAAUGGAUUCUACUUCGAUCAAACGUUAAAUCAAUGUGCUCUAAGUUCAGAUGCUGAUUCAAUAUUCUCCAUGUCAGCCACAACAAUAAUUUUAUUAGUUUUCUCUUCGUUAAUCUGUUUUCAAUCGAAAAUUAAUUAAUUUAUCUUGACAAUCAUUUAAAAUAUCACGAUACGAGUUUAAUGUAUUCAUUCACAAGCAACCUUAGUUUGUGAGCAUAGUACUGGCAAUUUGUAUUAUGCCUUAGUUUAUAAUUUUAUAAAUAUUUGUUACCUUCAUGAGUUCAGAGUCUUUAAAUGAAGAAGUUAAAUUUUGUAGGCAUGCUCAUAGAAUAGAAAUUCUAUUGUUACAUUAUUAGGAUUAUUCGAAUUUAUAAUUAUAUUUGUUAUGAAAAAUGUGUAAUAACGAUUUAGAUGAAUGUAAAUUAUCGAUUUAUUUCUUCUGAGUCAAUAUGUAAAUAAGAAUUUAUAUUUAAUAAGAAAAAUAUUUCAUA